AGGGCUGGAGAGGAGCCAGAUGUUGGGGACACGUGGAAUCCAGAUGUUGGGGACACGUGGAAUCCAGAUGUUGGGGACGCGUGGAAUCCAGAUGUAGACAGUACGAUCAGGGGAUCAGAUGCAGAGGCCUGGCUGGAUCAUCACUCUCGUUCUCUGGGUCUGUUCAUCAAUGGCAAGUUUGUCCGUCCAGCGAACAGACAGACGCGCUCCCUGACCGACUCUAAAGGUGGUGACGUGUGCAGCAUUGUGUGUGCUGCUGACGACGAUGUUUCCCAGUGUGCGUCAUUAGCUGUUAGUGGCCACCGAGUCUGGAGCGGGACGACGUGCUACAACAGAGCUAAAGUUCUGCUCAGGUUGGUGAGCGUCCUCGGGCAGCACACUCAGUGUGUGUCCGAGCUGUGCGAGCUGUGCGAGGCGUCCUGCUCGACCUCCACCCUGGUCCGACUGCUGCAGUACUACAGCAGCUGGGCUCAGCUCAGGGACACGCUCAUCUCCAGCUGGACUCCUCUGGGUGUGGUGGCCGUUGUUGUCUCUGACGACUGUUCUCUUCAUUCCCUGAUGCUCAAAGUCCUUCCAGCUCUGGCCAUGGGAAACUCUGUCAUCAUUGUCCCUGGUCGGAGCACCGCCCCUCCAGCGCUCCUGUUGGCUCAGCUUUUUAUAAGUGCAGGACUUCCUGUCGGGGCUCUUAAUGUCUUAACAGGAAGUGACACGUUGCUGGGUGCCACAGUGGCCCAGAAUCCGUGCAUCAACUACGUCACCUACUGUGGCAACAAGCAGGAUGGAGUGAUGCUGUGCAAGGCCACAGCAGGGAUGGGUGUCCCCGUCUCCGUCUUCCCCUGCAUCGGUGCCACAUGUCCCUUCAUCAUUUUUGAGUCCGCUGACAUCGACAGCGCUGUGGAUGGAGUGAUAGAAGCAGCCUUCAAAAAGAAAAAAGAGAUCCACUGGGUGUUGUGUGUGCAGGAGAGUGUGUUGGACGGCGUUGUGGCCCGUCUCAGGCUGCGUCUGGCGGGGAGGAAGUGUGUUGGUCUGCCCAGUGAAGCUGACAGAGUCCUGGUGGAGGCUGCAGUACAGGAGGCUCAGCAGCAGGGGGCCACGUUGGUCCAGUCGUGCGCUGCUCCUCCGUCAGGUGACCUGUACCCUCCCACUGUGCUCUGUGGGGCCGCCCCCUCCUCUCCGUUUGUGGUCAGCCCUUCUCCUGGACCGCUGCUCCCUCUCAUGACCUUCAGGAGCAACACAGAAGCAGUGACGCUGGGGAACCACAGUCCUCACGGCCUGGCAGCGUCCAUCUGGACUGAAGACCUCACUCUGGCUCUGGAGACGGCAAAGAGUCUCUCAGUUGGCUCCGUGUGGGUAAAUUCCCACUCUGUGUCAGACCCUUGUCUUCCUGUCUCUGGUCACAAAGACUCUGGCACCUGCACUGAUGGAGGACAGGAGGGCUUGUACCAGUUUCUACGUCCGCCCUGCUCUUCCUCCUCUCUUCCUCGCUCCACCCCUGUUGCUAUGGACUACACGAAGUUUGGAACAGCAGCGCCCACAACGAUAAUUCCUGAUGAAUCAGACGCUGCCAGUGCUCCGAAGUCCUACCUGCAGUUUGUUGGAGGCAAGGCAUGCAAAUCAGAGUCAGGCCGCAGUGUGGCCCUGCAGCUACCAGGAGGAGGCAGUGUGUUGGCCUACUGUCCAGACGGAGGCCGGAAAGAUGUGCGAAAUGCUGUGGAGGCCGCGAUCAAAGUCCAGCCCAGCUGGAUGAAGAAAAGUCUGUCCGCACGCGCUCAGUCUCUCUACUCGCUGGUCAAGAGCCUGGAGUCAAAGAGGCGAGACCUGGCUGCGUCCAUCAGCGUCCAGGCCGCUGUGUCAGUUGAGGAGGCUGAGAAGGAGGCGGACCUCAGCAUCGCGAGGCUCAGUGAUUGGGCAGCGUACUGCGACAAAAUCCAAGGAGCAGCUCUGCCCAUGCCGCAGUCCGGCUCUGCUCUCUCCAUCCCUGAAGCCCUCGGAGUGGUGGGCAUCGUGCUCCCAGACAAGAGUCCCCUCCUCUCCAUGGUUACACUUCUCGGGGCGGCCUUAGCCACUGGCAACGCCGUCAUCAUGGUCCCCAGUCAGAAGAGUCCUCUGGCGGCCCUGGCAUUCAUUCAGGUGCUCCAGGCGUCGGACCUUCCGGCAGGUCUGGUGAAUGUCAUUUCAGGAAGUAGGGACCAGCUCACUGUGGCGCUGGCCAAUCACAGCGUCAUCAAGGCCGUCUGGUACUGGGGCAGUGCUGAGGGCUGUCAGUUCCUCCAGUACACCUGCACCAACCCUCUCAAAACCCUGCAGCUUGUCUGCCAGGAGGAGGAGGAGGACGGCGGGAGGGACUGGACUCACCCGUCACUCCUGGAAGAAAUGUGGAGAAACGCCGUGCAGUGGAAGAGUGUGUGGAUUCCCACUGCGUAAGAAGAACGAAGCUGACGAAGGAAGUGUGACAGAAAUCCUCCGCGUUUUACUGUGACGAUCAGAUGCCUUGGAACUCAAUCAGAAAACCAGUUGUUCCCUCAGCCACAGUUGCCGUUAUUCUGCCCGUUGACACUUCCUGUAGCACUUGGAACCGAAAGUAAUCACUUCUUAAUCAUGAUCAGCUGUUUCACACCUGCUCCCUGGAGCUCAGAUCACACCACACAGACAGAGAGCGACUUCAUCAGCCUCCAUUGCUCCUCUAUCUGAACCACACUGAAGCACUUAACGACAGACAGGAGAUUUUAAAGGACCUAAAGAAACAUUGUGCCCGGACGAACAUGUUGAAGUUUCUUCACUGUGAUAAAGACGGUUUUCAUGUUACCUCCUCAAACUGAAGCAAUAGAGACAGAAACACACCAGACUCCAUGAUAUUUUCUAUGUCAACGAAGGACGACGCACAUAACAGCUCGUUAGCUUUGCCUACCUAAUGGCCUCAUGUCUCUCUGCCUCUGUCUUCUUCUCUCAGUAUCAUUCGAUCAAUUGAUCCUGUGUGAAAUAAGUACAAGUACUGAAUAUCUGAAAUACUGUAGUGUGGAAAUACAGUUACUCAAACAUUCCCAUUGAAGUCUUUUUUUUUUUUUUUUUUUUUUCCAUGUCCAAGUCAAGUUUAUUGAAAAUGAAUUUCAAAUUUUGAACGUUCCCGCAGAGUCUCACUGUCUGAAAGCAACAAUUAAAGGAUAAUCACACAAA